CAUUAACUUAGUACAGGAUCGAUGCAAUAAAUUGCUGUAUCGCCCACUCCCUUUGCGCGGUAAUAGAAAAUAUUACGCCACAACUCAUCCUUGUUAGUGACAGGAGGUGGAGCCCCGCCCCCUUGGAGAUCUCAUAAAGGGACAGUACACCCCAAUUUUUGCAUAUUCGGUAACUCGAACCCUCCUUGUUGAAAUGCUGAAUGGAUUAAACGCAAAAAUAAAAAAAUAUUAAGCGUUUUGAACAGAGAUGGGUAAAUAAGAAAAGGAAGUGGUGGCGUACAAGCGAAGGGAGUCAGUGACGAGGGCAUCGAACGUUUUUACCGCAGUGCAUCUGCAGGAUCCUCUGAAGUGAGAGAGGUGCUGCUGUGGCGCAGCAACAUCACUGGAAACCGAGCACGGAGGACGGAUCUAUUGUUUGUUUUUGGUUAUUAUUAUUUGAUUUUUUUUUGCUCAACGGAUUUUAUGGAUUUGAUCGCGCACCUGCAGUUUCAUGUGCAAUGCCAGCGCGAGAGAAGAUUGUUUCCUACCAGCAAGAGGUCAUGAGAUAGCUGAAAUCCAAGGUUUUUCCCAGAAGAGGACAUCACAUCACAUCACCACCCCCCACCCCAACCCCCUCCUCGGAGAAGGCCUCUAAAUUGAGAACAGUAGGCUCGGAUUAAGUGAUUAAAUAUCAUAUUUAGUUUUGGCGAUCAAAACUAGUAGCAACGGAGGUAGCAAAUUUGAAUUUUAACUGAACACAAUAUGCACUUGCAUGUUGCACGUAUGAAUACUAUUGAAAUCCCCAUUGAGAUUUAGACAUAAGUGUGUGUGUUCCCAGGCAGGUUUAAUUAUAUCUCUGUGUAUCUCUUAUUAAAAACGUCAGGUAUAAUCUAAUCUCAGGGUGAAUUUCCAGAGGGGAACACUGUGAGUCAUUACUUCAACUGGAAUGUUUGCAUGACAAAAAAAUCAAAAAAAAAAAAAUUAAAAGCAUAAAUUCAGCACAGCUACAAUAUAUUUGUCUCCAGCAAUAAUCCGUGGCAAUAAAUGCUAUAACCAUCACUAAACUGUUUGGUUUGAGCCAAAGAAGUAUAAAGCAGCAACACUAAAGGAGGCCUGUACAUUUUUUUUUUUUGCACAUUACAAUGCAUGUGUAGCUGCCCGGUUGAUUUAUUCAUGAUCAUAGUCUGCACUUUAGCGGACUUCGGCUUUUAAAAAUUUGCAGUGUUCUUAAGAUAAAAGCAUCGUCAAUAUUAAUCAAUAACUAUCAUAAGUAGAUUCGGCGUUUUAAAAGUACUUGUAGGUCCAUCAUCCGGUAUAUUGCUGCAACCAUUGACAUGACGGCAAUACACAUCCUACUCAUUUUCCUCUCCUGCACAUUGUUUGUGCAUCAAUGUCACGGGGCGUGCGCAGAGGUGGACUCGGACACGGAGGCGGUGGCGGGCAAAGGUUUCAAACUGGGCUGCAUCUCCUGCAAAAGGAGGAGUGAAGUCAAAGCCACCGCCACCGUUGAAUGGUACUUCCAGGCCGAAGGAGAGGUCGACUUUGUGCAGAUCUAUACCUACAACGAGGGCGGAGCCUCCAUUGAAAAUGAGCAUUUUGUGGACCGACUGGAUUGGAACGGGAGCAAGACGAGCAACGACAUCCAAGACGCCUCCAUAUAUCUUCUCAAUGUCACCUUUAACGAUUCUGGCACGUACCGCUGCUUCUUCAACCGCAUCCUCAACUUUGAUAACUACGAGUACACCACGGUCAUCAGCAAAGUGGUCCGCCUCACUGUGGUGGCCAAAGCCACCAGAGGCACUGCUUCCAUUGUGUCCGAAGUCAUGAUGUACGUGUCCAUCAUCGGCCUGCAGGUCUGGCUCCUCAUAGAGAUGAUUUACUGCUACAGAAAAAUAGCAGCAGCCGGUGAAGAAGCGUUAAGAGAAGCCGCGAAUGCGGAAUAUUUAGCGAUUGCCUCGGAAAGUAAAGAUAACUGUGCAGGGGUACAGGUUGGAGAAUAGCAAAGGCUUCCUUUCUUUAUGGACUGAAAACAUCCCUCCUACACAUCCUGCUAACUGCAUGAAAACAACCUGUCUGGUGGUGGUGUGGUAGUGUGGGGGGGGCAGACUCCAUCUUCAUCUCAAGUCUUCUGUUUUGUUUUAACUUCCCGUUUCCUCGACGAGGACCUCAAAUGCAUAUGAAGCACAGAGAGAGACAGCAUGGUACCAGCACUGUAAAUAGUUUGCUACGCACAAAAAGCAAAGCAUGUACUGCACUAGUGUAAAAAAAAAACAACCCAUUAUGCAUUAAUGAGCCACAUUGUUAAAAAGCAUCCAGUGUACUCACAUCUGUACAUUUAUAUUGGAAUAUACUGCGGGAGCCCGUGGCACUCUUGAGGUUGAUUGUGAAAGAAAGCUUUUUACUAACUCACCACAACUUAAAUGUAUAAUAAAUGAAAUACCCAAUAUGUAUGUUAUUUCUAAAUAAAAUAGAAUGUGGUGAACUAUGAUAGACGGUCUUUACAAUGGAAUUGCUGGUACAUUCAGUGAACUUUAAAUGUACUAAUAAAAAAAAGGAUAAAUCUCA